AACACGGAUGAGGGAAACAUGCUUGCCUAAUUGAUGGAGAAAUUUGAAAAGAUGGAGGUUGAAAAUAGGCAACUUCACAAUGAAAAUAGGCAAAGGGAGAAGAACCAAGCUUCCACCAUCCAUCACUUAGAGACCCAAAUCUCGCAAAUGGCACUUUCGCUUCAAGGUAGACCUCAAGGGGGAUUGCCCUCUACUACGGAAAACAAUCCUAGAGAGCAUGUGAAAGCCAUCAAAGUUGUGGAACUUCGAAGCGGUAGAGUCCUUGAUGUUGAUCAUGAUAAGGAUCUUGAAAAAGCUACUGGCAAGAGGCCAAUGAUUGUGGAGGUUGAGCCUCAAGUGGUAAUAGAUGUUGCAAGCUCUAGUCAAGAGCUACCAAAGUCGUGUGAGGAGGUGGCUAUUGAUAUUGAUGUUGAAGAACCAUAUGUGAGGCCACCACCACCACCACCUUUUGUGCCUAAAGUACCAUUCCCAAGCCGGUUGAGAAAGGCUCCGGAUAAUGAAAAAUUUCAUAAGUUUCUUGAAAUAUUCAAGAAACUUCAAAUAAGCAUGAGCCUAGGGGAUGCCUUGCGAGAGAUGCCCCAAUACGCUAAGUUCUUGAAAGACAUAAUUAUGAACAAGCGAAGUUGGGAACAAGGCGGAACAAUUCCUCUAACAGAAAGUUGUAGUUCUAUUAUCCAAAGCAAUCUACCAACCAAGCUACAAGAUACAGGGAGUUUCACGAUUCCUUGCUUAAUUGGCACUUCUACUUCUCUUAAUUGUCUUUGCGAUUUAGGUGCAAGUAUAAAUCUAAUGCCGUUGUGUCUUUUCAGGGAAAUAUGUGGAAACCAACCGAUAAAACAAACUUCCAUGAUGCUCCAAUUGGCCGACCAUUCUCUCAAGAGACCGCACGGGGUUGCGGAAGACGUGCUAGUAAAAGUGGGCAAGUUCAUCUUUCCGGUGGACUUUGUUGUGCUUGAUUAUGCGGUCGACAAAGAUUGCCCCAUGAUUCUCGGGCGUCCUUUUUUGAAUACGGGGAGAGCAUUGGUUGAUGUUAAUGGGGGGAAGAUAACAUUAAGAAUGAAUGAUGAGAGCAUGGUGUUUGACAUCAAGCAUGGCAAAAGCAAGUGUGAGGAGGAGAAAUGCAUGAAGAUUGAUACUAUUGAGCCCACAUUGCAUGUGCCUAUGAAGGAGGUUCCUAUGAAAGAACCCGAGGUUGUGUGUGCAAAAAUCAAGACAACACCUCAUGUCAAGCCACGCAAUGGAAAACCAAGACGUUGGGCAUCAUGGAAGUUGAAGCUCAACGGGAUAGCAACCGCAAGCAAGAGACAAAUAUGCACGGAAGUUGCUACUCUUGGUGAGUACGUCCAAGUUCGAACCUCUCAAGCACAUUCACAAGCGGGGAAGUUGAUUUCUAAGUGGAGCGGGCCGUUUAAAACACGGCGCAAAUUGGAUAAUGAUUUGAUUGAGUUGGAGGGGGCCAAUGGAGAUGUUUUUAAGGUGCUUGGAGAAUGGUGCAAACCAUAUCCUAGAGUGUUGAUCGAUGAAAGUCGCGAGCAAGUCGCUCUUUUUGAUCCUCCAUGAUUUUGAGGAUCGAUAGUCGAGCUUUCGACUUAAAACAAGCGCACUUGGGAGGCAUUCCCAAGAGGUACUUGGGAGCAUUGCGGAAGCAUUUUGGUACAAAAGAUGGAAAAGUCGACGGAAAAGAGGCGAAAGCUCAUUUGCAAGUCUGAAAAUCCGACCCCGCUGCACUAAUUGGAAAAUUGGAACCAGCUAGAAGCCUCAAAUGAAUUUGUGUUCUUCAUGAAAGUUAAAGUAGACGUCCUAAGCUUUCCAACGGUUCAAGAAUCGACUCAAUCGGACAUUUCUACACCAAGUUAUGAAGUUACGAAGAUCGCGGUUCUGCAGAGCAAAGGGUGUCUCGAACCAAGACACCAAAGUGUGAUAUGUGUCUCGAUUCGAGACAAAUGUGCCUGGAGGCAGAUUAUAGUGUCUCGAACCGAGACACUCCUCCAUUCUAAGUGUCUUGGUUCGAGCUUAGGCUUGGAAAAAGGGGAAUUUCUGAUUUCAAACACAAAAAGGCUUGAUUCUC